UUUACUUGGUAACAAGAGAAACAUGGCGGACGGUACUCCGACUGAAGUAGCUCCACAAGAACAAGUUUCGUUGGUUCCUCCUGAAGAAAACAAUCACAGCCAACCUGAGGUUCCCCAGGAAACUUCUCCCCAUGCUGAAAUUGGUGUGACAGAAAAUGUUCAGAAAAUGGUGGAGAAAGAGAAGGAGGCUACUGAAAAACCAACAAAACCAAAAGUAGAACUACAGUCAUUACCAACCAGAGCAUACUUAGACCAGACAGUUGUGCCUAUCCUUCUUCAAGGUCUCUCCACCCUGUCCAAGGAAAGGCCACCCAACCCUAUUGAAUACCUGGCAACAUACUUGCUGAAAAACAAAGACCAGUAUGAAGAAAGCUAGUGACCAUACCUUAUAUUCAUAUGAUUGUAAAUUUAUCACCUCGUAGGUAAUAUGUCACCACUGGAUGCCAUUAUUAACCUAACUUUAUAGAAAAAGUGACAGAAGACAAGACAGUUUAAGGAAGAAAAGAGGAUUUUUACUGUCAUUUGUGAAUGUUGGUCAAGAUGCAUUAGGCUGGUUUUAUUUGAAACAAAGCAAUUUUGUCAUUAUGUUUAUCAUCUUUAUCACUUAUUAAUAUAUUUAUCCGGGUAUUUCUGAGAAAGUCAAUUAUGUGAUGUCAUUAGCCUCCUCAAAGUUUGACUAUAACCUUAACGCGUUUCAACUGUAUGACUUUGUAUUGUAUCUCUUGUGUUUCUCUUGUUUGUAAGGUACCUUCGACACUGAAAUUAAAAAAACAUUGUUGAGUG